UUUUUCUUUCUUUCUCAUUCUAUCAUAAAAAAUCCUCUUCUCUCUUUCAAAUUAUAACCGACUCUAUUUGGUUCUCUCUUUUUCUUUUUCACGACUAUUUAGAUGAUGGAGGUGGAAAAAAUUAUUUGCAAAGAAAUAAAAGGAAAGUGGUUCCGCCAUUAAUGGUGAAUUAAAGAGCUCUUCAAGAAGAAGAAGAAGAAGAAGCUUAGCUAGCUUGGUUGGGGUUGUUGUUUUCAUGGCUACCAGUAGAGGCAACAUGAACCACCCCAUCCAACUAGACCACCAUCAACAUAAUAAUCAACAUCAUCAUCAUCAUCAUCAUCAUCAAAAUCAGCAGCAACAUCAACAACAACAUCUGCACCGAAUACAAGAGCAUAAUCAACAUCAUCAAAAUCAGAUUCCUUAUGCAAUGAUGCAGUCAUCAUCAUUAUCAUCUUCCAUCCCUGGAAACUUCAUAGGCAAAGAUACAGGAGCUUAUGAUUUGGGUGAAUUAGAUCAAGCACUUUUCCUCUAUCUUGAUGGUGGACAAGACGCUUCCACUGUUCAAGACCAAAGACUUAAUUCUGGAAUGAGACCUCCGACUCUGAACAUUUUCCCUUCACAGCCUAUGCACGUUGAGCCACCAACAUCAACAAAGACAAGUACAGGAUUAGUUUCUCCAGCAACUAGUGGUUCAAAGAGACCAUCAUUGCCUUCCAUGGAGUUGGCCAACGCCAGAAAUGAUGCUUCAGUUUCUGCACCAGAUCAACCAGCAAAAGCUGUCAAGCGUGAGGGGAAUCGCAAAGGGCAAAGGUCAAGUUCGGAGCAGGAAGGACCUAAAACACCAGACCCAAAGACAUUAAGAAGACUUGCUCAGAAUAGAGAAGCAGCAAGGAAAAGCAGGCUAAGAAAAAAGGCAUAUGUUCAGCAGUUAGAGUCAAGUAGGAUUAGGCUUACCCAACUGGAACAAGAACUUCAAAGAGGCAGAGCUCAAGGCAUGUUUUUUGGUGGUGGUAUCCUAGAAGGAGAGCAAGGCCUUCCUGUUGGUAUUAACAAUAUAAGCUCAGAAGCAGCUGUGUUUGACGUGGAGUAUGAGAGAUGGCUAGAAGAGCACCAUCGACUCAUGUGCGAGCUUCGAGCAGCGGUUCAAGAGCAUAUACCGGAGAACGAGCUUCGGAUUUUCGUCAACAACUGUUUAGCACACCUCGACGAGAUGAUGAACCUAAAAGGCAUGUUAGCCAAAACCGAUGUAUUUCAUCUUGUGUCUGGCAUUUGGAAGACUCCAGCUGAACGAUGCUUCAUGUGGAUGGGUGGAUUUCGGCCAUCGAGGCUCAUCAAGGUUAUACUGAAUCAGAUUGAGCCAUUGACGGAGCAGCAGAUGGUGGGCUUAUGUGCAUUGCAGCAAUCGACACUGGAAGCUGAAGAAGCUCUAUCACAGGGCUUGGAAGCUCUGAAUCAGUCUCUUUCUGAUAUUAUAACUUCUGAUUCACUGAGCUGCCCUCCUAACAUGACUAACUACAUGGGCCAAAUGGCCAUCGCGAUGAACAAGCUCUCCACCCUCGAAGGUUUUGUUAGACAGGCAGAUAAUCUGAGGCACCAAACCAUACACCGGCUGCACCAAAUCCUGACGACCCGUCAAGCUGCAAGGUGUUUGCUGGCGAUUGCUGAGUACUUCCAUCGCCUAAGAGCUCUCAGCUCUCUCUGGUUGGCUCGACCUCGGCAGGAAUAAUAGAAGAGCUAGGCCAUAGUGCUCUGAAUUAUAAUUAUUGUCUACUUUGACGUCUCCCCCUUUCUACACAGAGAUGUAUAGAUAGACGAGUUCACAAUAGAUUAAAAUUUAAAUUAAAAACAGUACAUCUGUAGCAGUUCUCUCAUUGUACUGAUUUUUCUUCUUUGGAAAAAGAAAUCCUCCACAAAAAAGCAAUGAUUUCGCAGCCAUUUCUGACUGAUUAGAAAGAGAUAGAAAUGGCUAAGAAGAAGAAGACAAAAAGCAUUGAGAAUAGGGAAGAAGGUUUGAUUCUUUAUUUAUUUAUUUUGGGUGUAUUUUUGUGCUUACGAAGAAAGCCAAAAAACUAUCUGGUUUUAAGAA